AUGUCUAAUGACCAAACUCUCGAAUGCGAGUGGGAUCUAUUUCGCAAUCUUGGGUGGUACCUCAAUGGAAGACUACAACGAGCAGAGUCCCCAGUUGAUCACAGGGAACGGCGACACCGCGCUAGAAGGAAGUCUCGUCUCCAAAAAAAAUGCCGCUUCCUCGAGAUAGACUUGCGCAAUGCCCUAAUGCUCAAGAAUUUGGACAUUGGCUUGCCCGAGGAUUCCGGGCUUGAUACAGCGGGACAAAAUGGAUGCGAAAGUUUAGGGCCGAUAAUCCAGCUGCUCGAAUCGCAUGUCAAUGAACACUUUGUUGCCUCACUUUCUCAAUCAGAAGGCCCCGGUGGCUUUUUCUCCUCUUUACCAGCCUUUGAAAAGUACCCAAAGUUAUACCAGUUGAUACAAUAUCUCAAAGUUACAGCGGAGAACCCAACUCUAGCUGCUGGGCCAUUUAAUUUAGUGACAGAGGUGAACGAAAACCCAGCUAUUUUCGCUAUACAGUCGGUUUCCGUGACUCAAGAACUUCUGGACGAACUUAUGCAGUUGAAUGCCUAUUUUCGCCGAUUUCAAUCACAACCGGGAGCAAAUGCCAAUAAACGAUCUAGGACUUCCGCAAGGGAAGGGGAAACGACGAUUGAUAUCUCAGAAGACCUCGGAUUUAGAAAGCAUACUAGUGUUGUUAUCGAGGCACUGCAUCAUUUCCUCCCUUCAUGUCGGGAUUUUCACAAAGUUAUGCUCCAGUUACCAGAGCGAGGAGGUGCAUUGGAUCUAUUCUUAUCGGGUUGCAAAACAAACCAGUGGCAAGAAGUUCGGUGUGAACAUUAUACGCCGAAUCACUCAAUUCCCCAGAUUAACAACCUUUGCGAGACGCUCCAGAAGUACUCAGAUCAGCAGCUUCGACUUGUUGUCAAAGUUCUUCAGGACAAUUCCCAAAAUAUUGACUACUCGCCACAUGCACAUUCGACCCCCAGGCAGUACCCACAUGCUUCGUUUUCAGAAUCUCUUGAAAGAUUGAUCAAACGCAAAAGUCUUCGGAAUAUCAGCUUCAACGAAGAGAUAAAGAUGAAAAAUAAAAGCGAUACAGCGCCCAAAGUUCGAUUCACCCUGAGAGAAAAACGCAUUCUUGCGUUCAGGCUUAGUCUUUGUUUUCUCAACUUUUUCGAUGCCCGGUUUAUGAAAGAAAGCUGGAAUCCCGAUAAAAUCAUGUUCCUCUCCCUACCAGAAUGUAGGUUACAAGAGAGCCAGCUUUAUAUAAGCUGUUCUUUACAAGUUGCUCGUGAGAAGGAAUUGUAUGGCAUUGGUCACCCUGUCCUAACAUCCUUCGCACGGUUGUUACUGGAGAUAGACGAAGGUAUGGUGUGGCCUGGCCUAAAAGAAAACGGUGAUUCUGAUGUCGGACUCAUAUGGAUGGAGCUUUGCAAAUACGUCGAAAGUGCUAAGAGGCUCCGAGGCCAGAGCUCCUAUUUGGAUGCGGUUAGAGAGACGCUCUACUUGCAUCUACACUUGAACGAGACACAAACAAUGAGCGAUUGUGAUGAAGAUUUUGAUAAAAGGGUAAGGGAGUUAAUGUAUACAAAAAUCGUCAGCCUUUUAGCGCUGGAAGUUCCCCCGGAAACUAGGGAACAGUUUAGUCACCUCAUAGAUACUAGUCUACGAGACAGGAAACGACAAAGAUCCGAGAUAGCGGACGCAAACGAGAUUGCUGAUGGACGAAGUUUCAAAAAUCCUCGGGUUCCAAUUCGUCAUCCGGUCAAUAUAGAAUCACACCGAGUCGAUUGUAACCUAGGCUUAGAUGCCGAGGGUGAGCAUAGAUUCGAAAACAUCUCAUGUGGGCACGUUAGCCAAUUAUACACCCGACCCCGAUUUUCGCAACAUCCAGGAGCGUCCAGUAUCCAAAAUCAGCCUCGCCUGUCCAAAUUAUCUCAAGAAAUUCCAAUAGAUAAUAGGUAA